AUGGGUUUCUGGUCUGCUGAAAAUACUGCCAAAGCAUAUAUCAGAACCAUGAAAAUGGGUUCGAUGCAGGGAGAGCGCACAAAAGGGCUAAAUGGGGCAGAGUUCAUUUCAGCACUAGCGGCAGGGAACAACUCACAGUUCAUGGUCGUCGUGUGCACCAGUGCAGCAGACCCCACCAUGCAAGCAUUGGCAGCAGCAGCUCAACAAACCAGAGGCCGCGUUCUUUGCAUACUCCAAGCUGGGCAAGAAGAGCCACAUGUCUCUGAACUGAUUCCAAGCACUAAUCAAGGAAACAGUGUUGAGUUUGUUAAUGGGGAUGCUCAGAACCUGCUGCUGAAUCACUACAAACAGGCAGAUUUUCUGGCCAUCGAUUGCAACCUCAAGAAUCACAAUGGCAUUCUCAGAUCAGUGCAGGGAGUUUCAAGGUACAAGGACGCAAUUGUCUUGGGCUACAAUACAUUCUGCAAACAAUCUUGGAGGAGCAGCAGCUUACAUACUCAUCUGUUGCCUAUUGGAGAAGGAUUGUUGCUGACCAGAAUAAGAGCCAAGAAAAAGAUGGUUAAUAGUCCCACGACACAGAAGAGAGGUCGCUGGAUCAUCAAAGUAGAUAACUGCACAGGGGAAGAACAUGUUUUCAGAGUAAAAUCACAUCCAAGCAAAGUACUUGAAGCUUGA